UACCUUUUUAUUUUGAAAUCGGAACCGCCGCUGUUGUCCUGGUACUGAAAACAACAAUAAGCAAACCUGGCCAUUUAAAGAUGGAGAGUGUAGACUUUUCCGAAGAGGAGAUCCAGGAGCAGUUGGCUGCGCUUGGAUACAGUCAUAUUUCCAAACAAAGACUGCGCGAAUUCAAGCGAGAUCUAGAUCAUCUGAUUCGUCAUGAAAAGUCAAGGAGUCAGAGCUCCAGCGAAUGGACUUCUCCAGCAUCACAAUGCAGAACCAGUAAAAGUCCACCUGCCCUUAUUAAGGAAAAGGUUCAGUUGAACAACAUCGGCUCCAGUUUUAGUUACGUUCCCUUCAACACCAGCUCAGCAGCUCAACAGCGAGAGAUUUUCACCUCCACCUUUAAUGAGGAAGAUCAUGAAGAUGCUGGUAUGAAUCACUACUAUGAUUCAUAUUCACGGCACUCAGUUGCUCAUAGACCGGCGCGGCCCUCCACGGCACCCAACAGACUGGAGACUGAGGAUGGACCCUCAGAAAUAUUUCACUCAGUUUUGGAUGGUAGUGAGACAACAAGUCCUGAUGGAGAACAUCAGACUCAUUUGAAGCCCAUGAUUAAAAGAAAAGUAUUAAGGAAGCAUCAAGGUCGGUCUCGUGUCUGUGAUGAGUCUACACAUAGUGAAGAUUCUGGUACAGUCAGUGAAUUGGAGGAGCGUUUGGAUCAGAUGCGCAUCCCUGCAUCUCGUGUGCAUUAUGACUCAGAGAGUGAGGAAACAGAAAGCUAUACUGACAGAACCAGCUCAGUGACAGAGGAAUCCUCAAGUGCUUUCCAACAAUACAUCAGAGGCAUGACACGAUCACACAGUGAGAGUGAUAUCAGACCUCGUCCAAAGUCAUUUAUUAGGCCAGUUUUUGAUCAUCCUCACACAAGGAACUUGAAGAAAACUGAUCCAGUUGCAAAGUAUCUUCAGUAUAAGCAGGAGUGGGAGAUGUUUAAGCCUCCCGGAGAGAAGAGCAGGAAGGAGCUACAUUGGGCCAUCAGGGAACAACUUAUGUACCAGCCUCCACCACCGAGACCCCAGAAGACGUACAUCCCCAACAAUUAUGUGGUUCCGACAGAGAAGAAGCGAUCAGCACUAAGAUGGGAGAUCAGACAUGAUUUAGCACAUGGCAUUAUCCCUGCUAAAAUCUCCUAUCCUUAACAGAGACUCUUCCACCUAUGCCUUAUCUUUUAUAUUGAAUUAAUACUAUUAUUUAUUCAAAUUAUUGAGCUUUUUUACUUCAUGGUGCAUGUGAAAUGAGACGC